GAGUGCCCGCCGCCGGAGCCGUUUAAGGAACGCGAGCGGGCGAGCCAGACUUUUACCUUUUCUCUCUUUUUCCCGUCCUCACCCACCAUGCCGCGGACGCCGCUGCCCGCGGGGGACGAGCGGCGGCUCAGCCCGGCUCCCUUCUCUUGAAGGGAUGCGGGAGGCGCGGCCGGGACGCAGCUAGCGCGACCCGCGCCUCUCCGCCGUCCUCCCCCUGCCGCGUCCCCGACCACCAUGAGGGAAGAGCGAGAAGCUGCGGCGGCGGCCGCCUCCCCCCCCGGGGCCGGCAGAGCCCCGCAGCACUGCCCGCAGCCGGACGGCGGCGGGGCGGCCGCCCCCGCGGCGCUGCCCGGCGGCGCGGAGAGCCUGCGGAACGGAUACGUGAAGAGCUGCGCGACCCCGCUGCGGCAGGACCCCCCGAAGAGCUUCCUCUCCUUGCUGCUCUUUCCUACCGCCUCCUCCUCCCGGGCUCGGCUCGCCCUGGGCGUCCUGGCCGCCGCUGCCCUCUCGCUCCUGGCUUUUCCCGGCCGGGGCAGCGCCCGGGAGCAGCAGGACGGGAGCAGCUGGCGGAGCCCGCGGCCGCUGCACGCCUUGCUGUGCCUGACCCGUUUCCUCAGCCCCCUCUUCAGCAUCGCCUGUGCCUUCUUCUUCCUCACCUGCUACCUGGUCGGCGGCCGGCGCGGGGAGCACGGCGGCGGCACGACCCGCUGGUGGCUGCUGGCGCUGCCCCUGUGCUGCUACUCGGGGGACUUCGUGGCGCUGCAGUGGCUGCUGCCCGCGGAGGGGCACGAAGAGGAGCCGCAGAUGUUCCUAGGAAGGCUCCUGACGGUGCUGGUCCCGGUGGCAGCGCUGACCCUGCCGCAGAGCUCCCUGAAGUUGCGCCGGAGCCUCCUCGUCUUGGUGUUCUGCAGCCUGGUGUGGCUGGUGUCGCUCAGCAGCCUCCAGGCGCUGCCCCCAGCGCUCGGCCCGCUGCUGGCCGGCACGGUCGGGGUGGCAGGCUGCCUCCUGGCACUCUGUGCCGGGGAGCACGGCAUCUUCUCGGCGCAGAGCCGAGGAGCGCACCACCAGCAUCACCGCCACCCACGGCUCCCCAGCGUGGAGGAAAAAGUGCCUGUGAUAAGACCCAGGAGGAGAUCUAGCUGCGUGUCCCUAGGGGAAACUUCGGUCAGCUACUACGGCAGCUGCAAAAUGUUUAGGAGACCCUCGUUGCCUUGCAUUUCCAGAGAGCAGAUGAUACUUUGGGAUUGGGAUUUGAAGCAAUGGUACAAGCCCUACUACCAGCAUUUCCAUCUCUUGCAGAGUGCUGGCAGUGGGAGUGGAGUCGAUCUCUCAGUGCUGAACGAGGCUCGGAACAUGCUCGCGGAGCUCCUGAGUGACCCAUGCCUCCCCCCACACGUGAUCUCCUCCCUUCGAAGCAUUAACAGCCUCAUUGGUGCUUUCUCAGGAGCAUGCAGGCCAAAGGCCAGCCCAUUCACUCCCUUUCCUGGCUUCUUCCCCUGUCCUGAAAUAGAGGAUCCUGCUGAAAAAGACCGGAAGCUGCUCAAGGGAUUAAGUAGCAGGAGCAGCCUGCCAACCCCACAGCUGAGACGAUCCUCAGGAGUUUCUGGCUUGUCAUCUAUGGAAUCAACAUCAUCCAGAUGGGAAAGGAGUAGCAUUAGCAAGAGAUCCCAUCAGGAAUAUAACACACCAAGCCAAGGAUCUCACUCAAAUGGGUCUUUUGGUGCAAACUUGCUGACAAUACCAAAGCAAAGAUCAUCCUCUGUGACCUUGACUCAUCACAUGGCUCCCAGACGAGCAGCAAUGCCUUUAUUGUCAUCUGGACCCCGUGUCAUGUUUGUUUUGGAAGGUGCUUCUCCUGGCCUGAGUCCCGUGGGUUCACCAAGCCAUGGAUCUGUCUCCAGCGGGGCUUUCAGCAACUGGUCACCUGUGGAGUUCCCUGACACUGCUGAUUUCCUCACAAAACCAAGCAUUAAUAUACACAAGCCUCUAGGACACACUCCUAGCUCUCCAGAUUUUCAGCAGCCAGUUAAAACACCUGUAGGUUAUAUGUGUAGCAGCUGUGGACGUCAGAUACUCAAGCCUGUUCCAAUACCAGAACCAGACUCUGCAGAAUACAGAGACAGAAAAUCAGGUGAAAUUGCAAGUCUUAAUGUCUCCAAAGAAUCUUUCCACCAUACAGAGACGAGGAAAGAUGAAAGGAAGGAAAUGAUCGAUCAAACACAAAAUAUACUGCUUGUGGAACAGAGUUCUACAUUAGAAACAAUGUUAUUAGACCAUGAUUCACUAAUGGAGAAGAUGAGCAAUUGGAAUUUCCAAGUUUUUGACCUUGUAAAAGAAAUGGGAGAUCAGUCUGGAAGGAUCCUCAGCCAGGUUACUUAUGCCUUGUUUCAAGACACUGGCUUGUUUGAAAUUUUCAAAAUCCCCACUCAAGAAUUUAUGAAUUACUUCUGUGCGCUGGAAAACGGCUACCGGGAUAUUCCCUAUCACAAUCGUAUCCAUGCCACGGAUGUUCUCCAUGCAGUGUGGUACCUGACCACACGGCCCAUUCCUGGAUUCCAGCAAAUCCGCAAUGAGCACGUAAUGGAGACUGAAAUAGAUGAAGCCAGUGGUAUUGCCCCAGUUCAGGUCAGCUACACUUCUUCAAAAAGCUGUCCUAUUACUGAUGACAGUUAUGGCUGCCUGGCAUCAAACAUUCCUGCUUUGGAAUUGAUGGCUUUGUAUGUAGCAGCUGCCAUGCACGACUAUGAUCAUCCUGGACGUACAAAUGCUUUUCUAGUGGCCACAAAUGCACCUCAGGCUGUUCUCUACAAUGACAGAUCAGUCCUAGAAAAUCACCAUGCUGCAUCUGCCUGGAAUCUUUUCUUAUCACGACCAGAAUACAACUUUUUAUCAAACCUUGAUCACGUGGAGUUCAAGCGCUUUCGUUUCUUAGUGAUUGAAGCAAUCCUUGCCACAGACCUCAAGAAGCAUUUUGAUUUCCUUGCAGAAUUUAAUGCCAAGGUCAAUGACAUGAACAGCAAUGGCAUAGAAUGGAGCAAUGAGAACGAUCGCCUGCUGGCCUGUCAAAUAUGCAUCAAACUGGCUGAUAUCAAUGGCCCAGCCAAAAUCAGAGACCUGCACCUGAAGUGGACUGAAGGCAUUGUCAAUGAAUUUUAUGAGCAGGGUGAUGAGGAAGCAAGUCUUGGGUUACCUAUAAGCCCCUUCAUGGAUCGUUCUUCUCCCCAGCUGGCGAAACUGCAGGAAUCCUUCAUCACUCACAUAGUUGGCCCCCUUUGUAAUUCCUACAAUGCAGCUGGGUUGCUUCCAGGGCAGUGGGUUGAUGAAGAGGAGGAGGAUGCAGAAAGCAUUGAAGAUGAUGAUGGUGCACAGUUAGAGAGUGAUGAUGAAGAAAUGGAAGAUGAUCUUAUUUUAAAAGCUCAAAGAAAAAAAGGUAGACGAAUAUUUUGCCAGCUAAUACACCACCUCAGUGAAAAUCACAAAAUAUGGAAGAAAGCGAUCGAAGAGGAAGAGAAAAACAAAACAGAAGGAGCCAAACUGCUGACUGAAAUCUCAUCUUUACCUCAAGCAGAUGACAUUCAGGUUAUUGAGGAAGCUGAUGAAGAUGAUGAAAGACAGCUAGGAGAAGAGAAGAUGUGCUAAGGGAGCUCCAGUGGUGUCCAGUGUGAUGACAGCCUGUUUUUUCCACUGUGCUGACUUCAGCUCACACACAUAAAAUCGAAAGGCCUUAAUACUGUGAGAGGAUUCUUUGUGCUCUGGUGGAAUCCCACUCCUAUGCACUUUCGCCACACACAGAAUACAGAACUUUAUUCAGAGAUUGAGUAUUGUAUACCCUGAUGCAAAGUUCUUUAUGCCUUAGUUGGUAUAAAAUAUCCUGAUAUAAUGCUGCCUUGCUGAAUAUGGAACUCUUCUUUUCCUUGAGGUACCUGCAGUUUUUAAAAAACAUUCAGUGACUUUGAUUACCAAAGUGGCAAGAACUUUUCGCUAACAAGGAACCGCGGGAUGAAUCCUAAUGUUGUUUUGAGUUGCUUCUUUCAUGUUGUUUUUGAACAUGAAUGAGAAAAAAAGUCUGUGCCUACAUGAAAACUAUGUUACUGCUGCAGUGCAAGCCUGUUGUGGGGUGUCUACUUAGUGCAGUAGUGUGCUUCAUGUAGUCAUCUCAGAGCAACUGUACAAGGACUGUGACAUAAGUGCUGAAUUCUGAUAUUUGUGGUUUAAAAAGAGGAAAGAAAAUCCAGGUGCAUCUA